GGGCAACGAUAGGCCCUUUUUGUGUGUAUGGGGGGAGCUUCAUUAAAGGCAUCACUUUUCGAGGCGUUUUUUUUUUUUCCACUUUGGAUUUGUUAAAUCGCGGUGUGGCAGGCGGAUUCGUCGGGGAGCGGCGCGCUGCUGUUUGGUUCACCUCUAUGUGCAUAACUAGCUGUGCGAUUGUUUACAUUUCCCUGAGGGGUGGCGCGAAGCAGGGCGGCCGCUCUGCGAAUGGUGAGCUGCAGCCGUUAGUGUAUUAAAAGCGAACUUGGGCUAACAUAAAAAAAAUGAAGUGUGGGGUUGUUAACGACCUCUACGCAAUUUACAAAUGUAUGAGCGGGGUGUGAUAAAGUUUGCCCUCAGGGAGGGAAGCACUUGCGAGGUGUUUAUGCUGCUGGGGGGGCAAGGACGACGAGUCGGAGGCAUAUAAGCGAGGCAGUAGAUUCGGGGCCAUUUGACCAUCCCUCCGCGAUCACACUACAGAGAUGCUUCGCGCCCCGUGGGCAGAAGGCUCUGCCUAUAUGUAUAUGCAUAUACAUAUAUAUAUGUACUUAUAUGUAUAAUAUGUUGGGGAAAAAAAAACGCUUUCGAAAUGACGCCAAAGGGGAAUAAUCCAACAAGGCGGUUGAGAAAAAUAGGCGGCCCUUCCUCCGUAAGUCUCUUUACAUAUGCAUUCUCCCCAACGAGUUUAAACUGCCAACGAUUGGUGGAGACUCCUCCUUCAACUCCCCCCCUGCACAUACCCUCGCACACGCCCAACGAAUAAUGGCUGAUGAGGGAAACUUCCAAAGCGAAGAAAUCCAAGGAGCCACGAAAAGGCUCCUGCUCAAAAUAAAAAACGAAAAAAAAAAUGAAGAAAUAAUAAAAAAAACAAUUGACGAGUAUAAGCAAACGAUAGAAGUAGUAUCCACCCUGACGAAGAAACUCAAUCACAGAAUUAUAAUCCCUUUUUCGAAAGUAGCUUUUUACGAAGGGGAAAUAAAAUACACUAAUAAUAUAUACCAGGACAUCGGCUGCAACACGUAUUGCGAAAGGACAGCGGAAAAAGCCAAAGACCUUUUAGAAAGAAAAUUAAAAUUUUAUCAAAACAAGUAUGGCAUUGUUCAGGAGUCGUUAACCAAAUUGACAAAAGAGUUGGAGCUUUCCUUGGAACUUAAUUUUCACGCAAAUUGUGAGAAAGAGGUGGCAGAUACGGGGGGAGAUAUGAACAACGUGUUUGUGCGUCCUGAUGGCUUUCUAGAAAUUCGGGAAGAGUAUCACGAGAGUGAUGCCGAGGGGGAUUUGGACCAGGUGGGGAAGCAAAAGGAGCACCCUAGAAGGGGGGUUAAGAACGAAGGGGAAGCGCAAAAGAGGGAGCACCGUGUGGGGAGUAGCGGUGGUGGGAAUAGCAGUGGUGUGCAUCCAACUGGUGUGCAUCGCAGUGGAAUACCCUACCCAGGCACACAACCACGUGGAAGAGACAGCCCUGUCCUGAAGGGCGUUGCUGCGGAGGGGCGAACAAUUUCGCCCAGGAACCCAACUGAAAAGAAGCAACCUUGGCAGGAGGAGGUCCAGGAAGCUUCUGCCAACAUGGGCCGCAAUUCGCCCAGGGGCAACUCCUUAAAUGUGAACGAGCAGGGGUUUUUAAACAUAAAGGAAAACUACAGCAGCAGUGGCAGCGACUGUGGGCAGUGA